AUGGAAUCCCUCUCAGACACAAAGUGGGAUGUAGUGAUCAGCGGCACAGGGUUCCAGCAGUCCCUUCUCGCCCUAGCUCUUUCGCGGUCGGGAAAGAACAUCCUGCACGUCGACCCCAACGACUACUAUGGCGAUGCCGAAGCCGCGUUGAGUCUUGAGGACGCCCAUCGAUGGGCUGCAAAGCAUGCUGGCUUAGAUGCAACCGGUCCCUUUUCCGCCACGCAAGUUUCAGAGGAUAGUCAAGGAGGCCUUGCUGCAUCUCGAUCCUACAGCCUCGCCUUGGCGCCGCAGUUGCUUCAUGCUCGCUCCGAACUUCUUACCCAGCUGGUCUCUUCAAAGGCUUUUCGGCAGAUCGAGUUCUUGGCCGUUGGGUCUUUCUUCAUUUUUCAACCUGCUUCUGAAGCUUCAACACCGCCCAAAUUGAGUCGGAUACCAUCGACGAGAGAGGAUGUGUUUUCCAACAGCGUCAUUCCAGCUCGAGCUAAACGCUCCUUGAUGAAGUUUCUCAGGUUCGUUCUUGAGUACGAUUCUGAGCCGCAGCUUGAAUUGUGGAAGCCGAGGGAAUCUCGACCUUUGACCGAAUUCUUGGAAACAGAAUUCAAGUUGGACGCCGACUCGCAGUCGUACAUCGUCACCCUUACCCUUUCAGCAGAUGGAGCAAUCCCAGUUGGCUCAGGAUUGGCAGCCGUUAACCGCCACCUUGUCUCCACGGGUGUGUUCGGAGCCGGCUUCGCCGCCGUUUACCCCAGAUGGGGUGGACUUUCAGAAGUCGCCCAGGUAGGCUGUCGCGCAGCCGCUGUUGGCGGCGCUACAUAUAUGCUGGGAGUUGGCGUGUCUGGAGUUCAGCGCACUUUAUCAGACGGAGAAGAUCAGGUCGAGGUAUCCCUCACCAACGGCGUCGCGGUCACAGCCAAGAGAUUGAUACGCAGCUCCUCCCAUGCAUACAACGGCCCUCUGGUCAGCAGACUGGCAGCAAUUGUCAAUGCUCCGCUCGCGUCUUUAUUUAAAGUUGUUGUCGAAGGGGCGCCAACACCUUGCGCUGCGGUUGUAGCAUUUCCAGUCGGCUCCAUCAUGGGCGAGGAUGGCACCCCCUCACGAUGCCCCAUUUAUGCUCUGGCUCAUUCCAGCGAUGCUGGCGAGUGCCCAACAGGACAAUGCACAUUGUACCUUAGUACGCCGGCGAGCUCGGAGUCCAAGGCUCUGCUCAACACUGCGAUUACGUCGCUGCUGGCUGCUGCCUCGGGCCCGGAACCGGCCAAGUGUAUCUGGCAACUGUAUUACGAGCAGGCUUCAGGCACGGGAUCGUUUACCACCGCGGGAGAGAAUAUCGGGGUAUUUGACUGGCUCACGUCUGAUUUGUCUUUCAACGAUUCCUUACUCGAGCCAGUGAGGGAUGCUUGGCUGUUCGUUACAGGCCGAGAUGAUAUUGACAACUACAUGAAGUUUGAAGAUCGUGAAGGCGUUACCGAUGAUGAUGUAUUUGAUAGCUAA